AUGGGAGUUGAGGAAGAUAUAUCUGAGUUAGGUAUGUAGUUAUCACCAGGAAAACCAAUAUAUAUUAACCAAAUUCUUGAUCUAACUUAAUAUAAAAAAGUCUCAGAGUAUAUCAAGUUUACGACUUCUUUAAGGAGAGGUAUAAGCCAAGAGUAGGUUGAUGGACUACUUAACCAAAUAGGAAUAAUUGAAAAUAAGAUUGAAAUAAAUAUUUUAAUUAUUGAAUCGUUGUUAAUGAAAGGAAGAAUAAUAUAUAUUCAUAAAAAUGGUUUAUUUCCUUUUCUAGCCCCAGAAAUAUAUUAACCAAUAAAAGUGAAUGGAAUCAUUCACUUAAUGGAGUGGAUUAUAAUUUCACUCUUAUUACCAUGGAGAGAGAUGCCGUUUAUUCUCUUGUAAAGCUAUUUGAAGCUGGAAUUAAUACUUACUUGGUAAAUCAAACGAACUAGAGUUGGAAACUUUAGAAAAUUUUUGGAGGCUAUUUAAUUUAUCCUUUUGAAUGCUAAUUAUUAAAAAGUAUCCAAGAAAUUAAUAGUUUUAUUAUAAAAAUAAUAUGUAAAAUGUGGCCAAUAAUUAAAAUUAACAAAUGAUUACUUAGAGGUAUUAAGAUUUAAGACAGAAGAAUAAAUGGUUAUAUCUUAAGUUUAAUAAUAAUCGGUAGUUUGUUUGCAAUAGUCGAUAAUUAUUGAAUAGAAAUUGGAACCCUAGUAAGUGAUAUAAUAGGACCUUAGUUUCUAAUAAGUUAAUUUCUCAUCAAUAUAUUCUCUUUCGCUCUAAUUAUUCUUACUCUAUAGAUUGAAACUUAUCAUAUUAAGUUUCUUUUUGUACAUUUUCAGCAAAACUUUGAUUUUGAUUAUAUAAUAAAGAACAUUAAGUAGAAUGAAUUCUUUCACCAAAAUAUUUUUAUUAAUAUAAGAGAUUAAUUCAAACAAAAUUUAUGAUGAAACUUUUAGAUUCAAACAAGAAAGAAAAAACUUUUUUUCAUUUUGUAUGCCUGUAAUAUGGCAAAAUUGA